AAUGGCAGUUGCUUACACAGUGCUGGUGCUAUUCUUCGCAGUUUUUGUUGCUGGAUUUAUACUGUUGGUCAUGGCUGCAAUUAAUUUUCAUUUCUCCAACUCAGAAAUUCCUCCUGGAGUGAAUCAGCCUGUAAAGCUCCGAAUCAUUCAUAUAAUUUUAAUAAGCACAGCUGUGGUGGGAAGGAUUUUGGAAAACAUUGGCAUCUGCAGUCAGGUUAGCUUUCUCCGGUACGUGCAAGGUAGAAAGACUCCAGGAGUGGACCCGAAGCUCUUCAUCAAGGACCUGUGGUUUGAGAAAGUGCCUGUAAGGAUUUAUCAGCCUAAGGUUCCAUCUGCCAGCCAAAGGAGAGGAGUUAUGUUUUUCCAUGGAGGAGGAUGGGUAUUUGGAAGUCUUGAGACCCAUGAAAAGCUAUGCCACUGGAUCGCCAGAGAAAGUGAAUCUGUGGUUGUAUCUGUUGGGUAUCGUUUAGCUCCUGAACACAAAUAUCCUGCUGCCUAUGAAGACUGUCUUAAUGCUACCAUACACUUUUUGAACAAUGCAGAGUACUACGGAGUGGAUCCUGCCCGUAUAAUUACCUGUGGGGACAGUGCUGGGGGCAAUCUAGCAGCUGCUGUUAGCCAGACCCUUGCAGGUAGAUCAGACCUCCCCAAACUGCGUGCUCAGAUCUUGAUCUACCCAGGCCUUCAGGCACUGGACUUCAAUUUACCAUCCUAUCAGCAGAAUCAGGGAGUCCCUCUCUUAUUCCGAGAACGUGCCGCUUUCUAUGUGUUACAGUACCUAAACGGGGAUGCAUCUAAUGUGGAAGAGGUCUUGGAGGGUUCCCAUAUUCCUUUAGACAUUAAAUUAAAUUAUAUGAAGUGGGUGAGCCCAGAUAACAUCCCCGAAAAAUUUAAGGUCAGGGGCUACAAACCCCACGUACUUCUUGACUGCACCACUGAGGUUUAUGAGACGGUGAAAAGACUCUGUGAGCCCAACCUCUGCCCGCUGUUGGCUGAAGAUGCUGUUGUUCACCAGCUGCCAGAGUCUUUCAUCCUGACGUGUGAGUACGACGUGCUGAGGGACGAUGGCUUGCUUUACAAGAAGAGAUUGGAGGACAACGGUGUUCCAGUGACCUGGUACCACCUCGAGGAUGGAUUCCAUGGAGUCAUAAAUUCAUUUAGUGACUUAUUGUCAUUUUCAUCUGGAAAAAGGGGUCUUGACAAUAUAGUGAACUUUCUAAAAAGCUUAUAGAAACAAUUUUCUUUACUUCUGUAAGAACUGUCAAUUUUCUGUGGUCUUUUAUGCUUCUAAAUUCGAUAUAAGAGGUUUAGAUAGGACAGUUUGUUAGUGAGCAACCAGGCCAGUGUGACCACUGAAAAAGAUAUUUCAAGAUGUUAUGAAAGUUUCUUUUAGUGCUGCUUGAAGUAUUCCAUGUGCAGCCUGCCUAUUUGAAUGAUCUAU